AUGAAUACACUACGAGUUUUUCUUCAUACACUUGUAUGGAUGGAAAAUUCAAGAAAAUUUUUUAAACGUUUAGAUACAUUUCUUGAUAUAUCAAAAAAUAAUAAUUUAAAAAUUAUACUUGUUUUAUUUGAUGAAUGUUGGAAUGCUGAACCACUUUUAGGCAAACAACCAGAACCUAUACCAGGUGUACAUAAUUCACAAUGGGUUCGAUGUCCUGGUCAAUCAAUGGUGCUAAAUAAAACAAGUUGGCCAAUAAUUAGAGAAUAUACAAUAGAUGUUAUUGAUCGUUAUAAAUCUGAUGAACGUGUUUUGGCAUGGGAUUUAUAUAAUGAACCUGAAUGUAGUAAACAAGUGAACAUUAUCUUACCUUUACUUCAUUAUAUAUACGCAGCUGCUCGAUCUGUUCGUAAUGUUCAACAGCCGAUGACUAUUGGCAUAGCCAAAUGGCCAUUAACAACACCAUUAGCAUUGUUUGAAUUAUCUGUUUCUGAUAUAAUAUCAUUUCAUUCAUAUGGUCCCUUAGCGAAUGUUAUACAAAAUAUAACUGAUUUACGUGAAGUUCAAUUAGGUCGACCUAUUCUCUGUACAGAGUGGCUUGCACGUCCAUUUGGAUCAACAUUAUUUACACAUUUAGAUUAUUUUAAAAGUGAAAAAAUCGGUGCAAUACAAUGGGGUCUUGUAGCUGGUCGAUCUCAAACAUAUUAUCAAUGGAAAUCACCAAAAAAUGCACCAAUGCCACGAGUAUGGUUUCAUGAUGUUUUAUAUCCAAAUGGAACAGCAUUUAGUCAACUAGAAGAACAACUUUAUAUUGAAAUAAAUCAUUGA